AUGCGACUACCUCUGCAAACGUUAUUUACCAUCCUCCUGUUCCUCACUCUUCAAUCUCCCAUAUCAGCGUUCCUAAACCUACCUUUCCUAUCCUCUUCUUCACCGACGAUAUCUUCAUCACUCAAAAGUAAGAACCUCAUACCUGUUAAACGAUACCUAUCUUCUUCCAAGAGGACAACUCAACUCAAGAGAUUUGGUUAUUUCUCAUUUUCGAGACAUCCUAGAUCUCUUCCCGAUUGGGAUCCUCUGGAGGGGGUGGAAGGGGUAUUGGUACAUCGUGGAACACCCAAUCAGGAAGUGACAAGCCUAAAAGCUGAGGCUGAGUCUUUGGCUAUCGACCAACUUCCCAACGAUGACCCGGUUGAAGAGGGAGAGGAAGACAUGGAGGGACAGCUGGAAGAAAGGGAUGAUGAGGAGGAGGAGUUCAUUUUGGAAGAUUGUGAAAAACGACAAGACAAUGUUGAUUCGGGUAAUAGUCAAUCGUUGAUAGCGGAAUUAGGUUCCAUCCCACAGGAAGAAGUCAGCCUAGCGCAAACCCAAUUUCAGGAAGAUCUUGAUACUAGCGACCAACUGGACAUUGACCCCUCAUCGUCCGUGUCGAUGCCAACGGACGGAGGCGCAGGCGACUCGAGGAAGCAUAACGAUAAGAUCUUAUGGUCAGGCUUGGAGUCCCUCUUACCGCUCGAAAAAGGGAUAUUGAAGAAGAGACAUAGUGAUAAAUCUGGUGGCGGACGCAUGUAUCAUUCAAGUGAUGGGGGUGGUAAGAAUGACGAGGGAGAUUAUAGUUCAGUAAGGGGAAGAAAAGGGAGUCAUGGAGGCGAUUAUGGUUCGGGAAGGAAAGGAUAUGGUAAAUAUGAUAACGAUUAUGACAGUGGAAGUAGGCAUUCUGGACAGGGCCAAGGAGGAUAUAAUGAUGCGACUCAAUCUCAUCGUGGGGGAUAUAAGAACGAUAAAGGUCGACCUGGUGUUGGUGGAUCGCAUAAAGGCGGUUCAGGCGAUGGCGGGAAUGGGAAUGGACAAUAUCAAGAAGACUGGGAAAGACCUUCCUCAUCUUCAUCGAAUAAUCAUUAUGGCUAUGGCUCAGGGAGCAACGAUGAGGAUGGAGACGAAGGGUGGCAUCACGGUUAUGGUUCGGAUUCAAGCUCAAAAGGAGACGGUAAUAGGAAUGGGAAAUGGGACGAUGGACAAUACCAUCCUUGGACAUCCAACUCGAAUACCCAUUCAAAUUGGGAUCAUCAUCCUUCAUCGUCGGACUGGGACAACCAUCCAUGGCAUCCCUCAUCAAAUACCAACACUAAAUCUGACACCGACCAUGAUUUUUCCAGUCAGUCCUCAUCGAACAACCAUCGUACGGACUGUACGAACCUUUCCAGCUUCUACAGAUCAGCCCAACAGAAUGGAGGAGAAUGGCUCAAACAUAAUGGAUGGUCUUCCUCUGGCAUCAACGGAGAUGACACAUCCGAUUGCUGUACAUGGUUUGGGGUGACUUGCGAUCCGAUCUCCAGGAGAGUCACUGCGCUGAACCUGAGAGGGAAUGGGUUGGAAGGUGAUCUGGCUAGGAGUUUAUUCAACUUGGAUGCACUGAUGAGACUCGAUUUAUCCCAGAAUACACUCUCCUCUUUACCAGACACAUUUGAUUCGCUACCCCGACUUACCCACUUGAAUAUCUCAUCCUCUUCUCUGUCAUCCUUCAUCCCUAGCUCCAUAUCAACUUCGACCUCAUUGAUCAACCUUGAUCUAUCGGACAACCUUUUGGUCGGGAACGUUCAUCUAUCCGCAUCAACGUUGAAAUCGGUCGAUCUGUCAAAUAACAAAUUGAGCAGUUUCUCAAUCAGCCCAAGUGGAAUGAAUAGUCUGAGUAGAUUUGUAUUGAACAAUAAUAAUUUCGAGGGUGAAUUACCUGAUUUGAGUGGGUUGAGGAGGCUGCAGAGUUUGGAUGUUUCUUAUAACAAUACUGGACCGCUAUUCGAUAUAUCCAAUCUCACCAAUCUUACAAGAUUAGACGUUCGCUCAAAUCAAUUGACAGGUUCCUUCCCCACCCUUCCGCCGUCCAUGCAAUCACUCUACCUAUCCUCCAACCGAUUCACCGGUCCUAUACCCUCUCUCCCUGCUCCAACGGGUUUGACAAGCUGUUACGUCCUUCCUAACAAUUUCUCACCCUGUCCUUCCAAAGGAGACCUGAGUGACCCGAACACAUUAGCUUCGAAAUGUCAUCUCAAAACAUGUGGUCAACAACAACCAACCACCACAGUCAUUUCGUCAAGCACCAGUGAAGGGGGAGGGACGACGAUUGAUGCAUCUCAAGUAUCCGUAACUACUCUACCCAACUCGCAAAAAGGUAUUCCAGUAAAUCCUUUACCCGGUGAAAAUCUAGAUGACUCCCAGAACGGAGGACAACCUCAAGUGGUAUCGUCCAGUGGGUGGCAGGGACUCAAGUCGAAGAAUCAACCUAACCAGCUUCCGCAGGCACAGAGGUUAGGUUCAAACAAGCUGAGUAGUGAAGGAUCAAAUACGAUGAAUACCCAAGGGCAAUAUACCAUAGUGGUCGGUUUAUUCGUUUCAUAUAUUGUUUUCUCUUUUGGUCUUUAA